AGUGCAGAAGAGAAAGAAUCGAUGAGGAAGAGAAUGGAGGAGUUGCUAGAUACGUUCGAUUGCUCUUCCACCGCCUCAAUUUUCUCCACCAGGAAUCAGAAAAAUACGACUGACAAUUACUUCUUUGAAAGUGCUGAGAAGGUUUCAUUUUUCUUUGAAGAGAAAGCAUUUGGGGAUGAUGGCAACUUAAAGCAGCCAAAGCAUCUCUCAAUAAACAAAGUUGGUCACGGAGAGAUCUGUUUAUAAAAAUCGAAAUUAGCU